CUGUAAUAUAUAUCAAAAUGAACAGCUGAUUUGAACGCAACAAAGAAUAUGUGUGGAUUAAAAGGAAUUUAUUCUUUGUGGUGGAAACUUAAAGAAAGCUGAUUAACAAUGUUUGUUUUGGCAACAAUGAUGUUUCUGGUUGGGAUACCACCGGCACUUCCGCAGACACCUUUUCCAACGCCAUUCCCGACCCCUGGACCCUCGGAGCAGACGACUCAGCAGACGACUGAUUUUACGACAUCUUUUACGACAACUCAAGCUACGUUUAAACAUACUUUUCCUAAUUCAGGGAGUGUGUUACUGGGAAAUUGUGAGAAUGCGUGCCCACAGGACGGUAUAUUUUGCGCUGUGGACGAUUCCAGCGCUUACUACUGGUGUAUAUACGGCCAAAAAUACGAGAAUGAACGAUGCCCGGAUGGACAAAUAUUCAACCCUUUGUAUAAACUGUGUGAUGACCCCGACUUCGUGACGACAAACUGCUCGUGUCCAGACUAUCACUACGAGCAGCCGGUCACCUUUAAUCUAUGUCAAAACCCAUGCCCUUACGAUGGUAGAUUCUGCGAGCCAUUCUCUCCACAUGCCUACUACCAAUGCUUAGCAGGCGUUAAACUGCCAACCGAAUAUUGUCCAUACUUUCUUGUGUUUAACUCCGAUAAAGGAAUUUGCGACUUCGAGGCGCCUGGCUGUCGAUGUAAUGAAACUGAUGGUACACCUGCUACUGACUCCAGUUUAAAGGUGGCAAAACCUGUAUCUCAAGUGAAGAUUGCAGACAGUGUUGUCGAUCCUCUAGUCAGAAAACGAAUAGCAAAACUUGAAGAGGAAAGACCCCUUAAACGUAAGGAGAGAAUCGAAGAGAGGCAUGACUUCCGUGAUAACGUCUUCGAUAUCCUUAGGCCACUAUUUGGUGAUGACCAGACCACUACUCCCACUCAGUCGCAAGAUACAAACAUUGUUUCAGCAGAUAAAUUUAGAACUCCCGAAAUAGCGCAUGAAUACUAUCUUGAAAAGGCCAAAAAGUUGUACUUUGAGGAACAUGGGAUUGUUGAUCCGGAUACUGUUGCGACUAAAGAAAUAGCACCGGAUAAGCUCCAUCCAUAUUAUCUCAAAGUAAGACAGCUAAGCGAACAGAAAAAGCAAGAUAGUAUAAAUGCGAUGCAAGAAAAUGCUAUUAAGGAGGAAAACAAGAAGAAAAUUAUCAAGGAUAUGAUGGUGGAACGUGAAGCGACCUUAAAAUCAAUUCCAAUUGAUAUGCAUGAUAAAUACAUCGAACUACAAAGAGAAUUAGUUACACAUCGUUUAGAAGAGGUUGAAAACACGGAUCAAUCUCCACGAGCUGUAAGACAACAGUACAUAGAGAAACUCCAACUCAGAAUAGAGAAUCUUCUCAAGGAGUACACAACAACAUCCUUUGAGGAACCAUUGAGAGAGAACACUGGGCAGACCACUAAAAAUCCAACUACUGUAGUUGAUCCAAUAGCUUCAUUAAAAAGACAACAGUUUGCACAGCGGGAGAUUCUGUAUGCUGUGAAAAAUGCAAAUGGUCAACGCAUAAGAGGCUUAAACCAGGAAACGGUCGAAGCAGAUAUCACAGAAUCGAAAGUCUACCAACAUAGUACCAAUGUUGUAAAAGUCUCAACCACUGAACAUGCGAUUCAGCGUAGGGAUACUACGACGGAAUCUACGACGGCCAUUACUGCUAAUCCAAACGUGCACCCGAAACAAUCAGAGUUUCUAACGACAUCAGCAACAUCAGGCAUAUCUGCACUACCUCCUGGCUGGUUCAAGUGUGGGCCAACCUUGUGUUUCAAUCCAAACCUAGCUGUAACUGACCGAAACACGCAAGCCAUCUCAGUUAAUAACAUUAAUGCGCAAAAACUGUACACAAAUAAAACACCAAGAGACACAACUAUCAAAGUCAUGACAGAAAACACCACUAAUGCUGGGUUACCAGUCGAUAGAAAGAUAACAACCAUUGAAUCAGCUGUAACAACCAGAACUGCACGUCCAAAAGCAGCUACAACUGAACAAAUAACCACAACUGAACAAGCAUCAACAACUGAAAAAACAUCCACAACUGAGCAAUCAACUACAACUGAGCAAUCAACCACAACUGAACAAUCAACCACAAUUGACCAAUCAACAACAACUGAACAAACAACUACAACUGGACAAAUUAAUCACUACUGA